UGGGGAGAAGGUGCGCCGAGGAGCCGUCGUGCCACGGCCGCCACGAGCACAGCAGACUGGCCCGCGCUGCAACCGCAGGCGCAGCAAGCGACCCAAGCGAGCCCAGCGUCUGCCCAACGCUCCGCGGCCGGCUCCACCUCCUCUUCCUCUUCCUCCUCCUCCUCCUCCGCCGCCUCUGCCCCCCUGACGAGCCCGGACGGGCGGUCCGAGCCCCUCUGCAUGGAUGUCAAGGCGGCGCCCAACGGGGUAGCCACCAUCGAGGACCGAAUCCUUCGAAUCACCGGCUACUAUGGCUACUACCCCGGCUACUCCGGCCAGAAAAGUGCCUCCCGAUCCUCUGUCAUCCGAUGCAAGCCGGGAGCCAACUGCCCCAGCACGCAGACUGGCCUCCGCAGGCAGCAUUCCCCUUUAUCCGCUGCUGAAGAAUCUGCUGCUCCCAUUCUAGAGCUACAGAGUCGAAGUCCCUCUGGGUUUUGCCGGCACGGCAGAGGAGAGAGGAAGGACAGAUCAGGAGAAGAAGGGACUCAAACGCAAGCUGAAAACAGCAGCCAGGACAGCCAUCCACAGACCCGUUGUGAGUCUUGUACAUCUACAUUUCUCAAGAUCCUCUGGGGAUUUCUAAUUAUUUUGUCAGUCUCAUCUUCUUGCAUUGGAACAACACAGAUUGUCAAAAUCACGUACAAGAACUUUGAUUAUCCAUUUUUCAUGACUUGGUUUUCUACAAAUUGGAAUAUUAUGUUUUUUCCCGUUUAUUAUUCUGGACAUCUUGCAACUGCCCAGGAAAAGCAGUCUCCAAUCAAAAAAUUCAGGGAAUGUAGUCGGAUCUUUGGCGAAGAUGGUCUGACGCUGAAACUCUUUCUUAAAAGAACCGCUCCCUUUUCUAUUUUGUGGACUUUGACUAACUACCUAUACCUGCUGGCUCUGAAGAAGCUGACCGCCACGGACGUCUCAGCCUUGUUCUGUUGUAACAAAGCCUUUGUCUUCCUGCUCUCGUGGAUUGUCCUGAAAGACAGGUUCAUGGGUGUCAGGAUAGUUGCCGCAAUAAUGGCCAUCACUGGAAUUGUUAUGAUGGCCUAUGCAGAUGGUUUCCAUGGCGAUUCAAUUAUUGGUGUUGCAUAUGCAGUUGGAUCUGCUUCGACCUCUGCGCUAUAUAAGGUUUUGUUUAAGAUGUUUCUUGGAACUGCCAACUUCGGUGAAGCUGCUCACUUCAUCUCUACUCUUGGCUUCUUCAACUUGAUUUUCCUUUCCAUCACUCCCAUCAUUUUGUACUUUACCAAAGUGGAAUACUGGUCACCUUUUUCAGCUGUGCCGUGGGGCUUUCUGUGUGGAAUCGCAGGCCUCUGGCUGGCUUUCAACAUUUUGGUGAAUGUUGGUGUUGUGCUUACAUAUCCAAUCUUAAUAUCUAUUGGGACAGUGCUCAGUGUUCCUGGAAAUGCAGCUGUUGAUCUCCUCAAACGUGAGGUGAUUUUUAGUGUUGUCAGAUUGGGAGCCACCAUCUUCAUCUGCCUUGGGUUCCUGUUAAUGCUUCUUCCUGAGGAAUGGGAUGAAAUUACACUGAGAUUCAUCAACAAUUUAAAAGAGAAGAAAAGUGAAGAGCAUGCUGAAGAUGUUACUGAUUCAAACGUUCACUUCAGGAGUAGGAGUAGAGCGAAUGGGACGGUGUCUAUACCGCUGGCUUAGAGCUGGUGACUUCUUGAUUGCACGAUUGUAUAUUCUGUGAAUAUGAUUUAAUAAUUUUUUUCUCACCCACCUGCACACUAAAAAGGACAGUGAUAAUGUUAAAACCAGGGAUGGAUUAUAAAUUUAAUGCUCAACACAUUGGUAUGUAAAUGAAUGACAUUUGUACACUUGUCCAGCAGUAGGUGAAAAUAACCACAAUAAAUUCCUUUUUUUAAAAAAAAAAAUCAA